GCCCAAGCGGGGCGCGGGAGACAAUGCCGGGCCCGGGCCCGGGCCCGCCCCGCGCCAUUCCCGCUGCACGUCACCGGCGGGGCGGGGCGCGGCGCCCGAUUUAAGGGGCAGCAAGGGGCGCGGCCGCUGCAGCUGCGAGUGUGGGAGCAAGCGGCGAAGGAGGCGGCAACAGCAGCUUCGGAGACCGGCACCAUGCGUGAGAUCGUGCACAUCCAGGCCGGGCAGUGCGGCAACCAGAUCGGCGCCAAGUUCUGGGAGGUCAUCAGCGAUGAACAUGGCAUUGAUCCCACGGGCAGCUACCAUGGGGACAGUGAGCUGCAGCUGGAGAGGAUCAAUGUCUACUACAAUGAAGCUGCUGGUAACAAGUAUGUCCCCCGUGCCAUCCUGGUGGACCUGGAACCCGGCACCAUGGACUCCGUGCGCUCUGGCCCCUUUGGACAGAUCUUCCGUCCUGACAACUUUGUCUUUGGUCAGAGCGGGGCUGGCAACAACUGGGCCAAGGGGCACUACACGGAAGGCGCUGAGCUGGUGGACUCCGUGCUGGACGUGGUGAGGAAGGAGUCGGAGAGCUGUGACUGCCUGCAGGGCUUCCAGCUGACCCACUCGCUGGGCGGAGGCACGGGCUCCGGCAUGGGCACCCUGCUGAUCAGCAAGAUCCGCGAGGAGUACCCCGACCGCAUCAUGAACACCUUCAGCGUCAUGCCCUCGCCCAAGGUGUCGGACACGGUGGUGGAGCCCUACAACGCCACCCUCUCUGUGCACCAGCUGGUGGAGAACACGGAUGAGACCUACUGCAUUGACAACGAGGCCCUGUAUGACAUUUGCUUCCGCACCCUGAAGCUGACCACCCCCACCUACGGGGACCUCAACCACCUGGUGUCGGCCACCAUGAGCGGCGUGACCACCUGCCUUCGCUUCCCCGGCCAGCUGAACGCCGACCUGCGCAAGCUGGCGGUCAACAUGGUGCCUUUCCCGCGGCUGCACUUCUUCAUGCCGGGCUUUGCCCCGCUGACCAGCCGCGGCAGCCAGCAGUACCGCGCCCUGACGGUGCCCGAGCUGACGCAGCAGAUGUUCGACUCCAAGAACAUGAUGGCCGCCUGCGACCCCCGCCACGGCCGCUACCUGACGGUGGCCGCCAUCUUCCGGGGCCGCAUGUCCAUGAAGGAGGUGGACGAGCAGAUGCUCAACGUGCAGAACAAGAACAGCAGCUACUUUGUGGAGUGGAUCCCCAACAACGUCAAGACGGCCGUCUGCGACAUCCCCCCACGCGGCCUCAAGAUGUCGGCCACCUUCAUCGGCAACAGCACGGCCAUCCAGGAGCUCUUCAAGAGGAUCUCGGAGCAGUUCACGGCCAUGUUCCGGCGCAAGGCUUUCUUGCACUGGUACACGGGCGAGGGCAUGGAUGAGAUGGAGUUCACGGAGGCCGAGAGCAACAUGAAUGACCUGGUCUCCGAAUACCAGCAGUACCAGGAUGCCACUGCUGAUGAGCAGGGCGAGUUUGAAGAGGAGGGAGAAGAGGAUGAGGCUUAAGCCACCUGGUAUCAAAGGAACUUCUGUAAAGCAGGCAUGCAUCUGAAUGACUUCUGGUAGUGGUGGUGGUGAAGCAUGUUUUCUAGAAACUAUGUACCCAAUUAUCCUCUCAGCAUUUGUAACUUUGCCAGAUUUCUCAGUGUAACAGUUCUGAAUCCUAAUUCUUACAAUGUUUUUUGUCCUUUAAUAUUAAGAGCACAUAAAGGCAUGUAUUCAA